AUGGAGGCCUAAAAUCAAGAACAAACAAUUAACUAUAUCGAAAACUUAAUGCAAGUUUCUUAAAACGUGAAAUCCAGUGCUGGUACUCGUCGCAAGGGACUUUGUAUUGAAAGUGAAGGUUAAGAUAACCUUGACUCAGAGAUUCUUAAAGUAGCUAUCGUCAACAUUGGAGAAGAAAUUUAAAGGAAAAACUCUACAAAAGUCACAGAGGAAGAUGAAAAUAAUGAAGAGCAUGGAGAUGGAUCACUUUCAGAUUCACCAGAUGAAGAUAAUGAUGAAAAUGCCAUUAAAUUAUGA